UCCGUCCCGGCCCGCCCGGCAACGAGGUCCCGGUCCCCGGGCCGGCUGCCCGCGGCGCUCGGUGCCGGCUGGGCGCGCAGGGGGCGGGGGCCGCGACUUGCCCCCCGCCGAUGAGCCGCAGCGGAGCGCGGGCGGACGAUGGAACUCCACAUCCUGGAGCACCGGCUGCAAGUUGCCAGCGUCGCCAAGGAGAGUAUCCCGCUCUUCACCUACGGCCUGAUCAAACUUGCCUUCCUGUCCUCCAAGACCAGGUGCAAGUUCUUCAGUCUGACCGAGACACCGGAGGAUUACACCAUCAUCGUUGAUGAGGAGGGCUUCCUGGAGCUGCCCACCUCAGAGCACCUGAGCGUGGCAGACGCCACCUGGCUGGCCCUCAACGUGGUAUCAGGCGGUGGCAGCUUCUCCAGUUCCCAGCCCAUUGGCGUAACCAAGAUCGCCAAGUCAGUUAUCGCCCCGCUGGCUGACCAGAACAUCUCCGUGUUCAUGCUCUCCACCUACCAGACAGACUUCAUCCUGGUACGCGAGCGGGACCUGCCCUUCGUCACCCACACCUUGUCGUCAGAGUUCACCAUCCUGCGGGUUGUCAAUGGGGAGACAGUGGCAGCUGAGAACCUUGGCAUCACCAAUGGCUUUGUGAAGCCCAAGAUGGUCCAGAGGCCUGUCAUCCACCCGCUGUCCAGCCCGAGCAACAGGUUCUGUGUCACCAGCCUGGACCCAGACACACUGCCUGCUGUAGCCACACUCCUUAUGGAUGUCAUGUUCUACUCUAACGGGGUGAAGGACCCCAUGGCUGCCGGCGAUGACUGUGGCCACAUCCGCUUCUUCUCCUUCUCCCUCAUUGAGGGCUACAUCUCCCUGGUGAUGGACGUGCAGACCCAGCAGAGGUUUCCUAGUAAUCUGUUGUUCACAAGUGCUUCUGGAGAGCUGUGGAAGAUGGUGCGGAUUGGAGGACAGCCCUUGGGAUUUGAUGAAUGCGGCAUUGUGGCACAGAUCUCCGAGCCUUUGGCCGCUGCAGACAUCCCCGCCUACUACAUCAGUACUUUCAAGUUCGACCACGCACUGGUACCAGAAGAAAACAUCACUGGCGUCAUCAGCACCCUGAAAGUCAGCCAAGCAGAAAAGCAUUAGGAGGGCCUCUUCCACUCCCCCAGCCCACCCACCAGGCCUGGGGUCCAGCCCCACCCUGAAGAUUCUUAUCGCAGUAUUUCUCACAGACUGGAAAAUCGGCCCUGGGGCCCCCAAAGAAGGGCCCUCUGGGAGUCGCCCCCAAUUGCGGACCCUGCCAGGUCUAGGGCCGAAGCCAAGGCCUCUCUCCAUGUCCCCUGCCUUCCUGGACCCCCAGACCCUCCAGAGAACCCCCACCUCCUGGCUCCACAGCUACCCCAGAAGAUGGCUGAGGCCCAGAGAGCUUGUGAACUGACCCACCUUCACAUCCCUCCUUGCGCACAGCAGGGGGCAGGUGCAGAAGGAAGCCGGCACCUCCUACAGGACACUGAGGUUCUGGUUCUCAGGUCAUCUUAGGGGGCUGGCCGAGCAGGGCUGAGCUCAUGGUUCCCCAGGAGGCCCCCUGGGGGCAGGGGCUGGAUACUGCAGUUGCUGGCCUUGGUCCAUCAACUCUGGGCUGGUUCCUACAGAGUGGAGGCCAGUGGGGGCCCUUGGCUCAUGUGCUGGUGAGGUUCCCACCAGCAUAGGUGGGGCUGGGAGCUGGGGAGGACCUGUGCCACCCAGAACCUCACCUGCCAACCACAGGGCCUGCGCCCUGACUCCCAGCAAGACUGCCAAGGUGCCCUGUCCAGACCCUCCCCAGUACAAGCACUCCUGGGUAGGGAUUCCCAGGACACCCACCAGCCUGGGGCACAAGCUGUCCCUUCUGCUUUCCCUGGACCCUACUCGGGCAGGUGGAGCCUUGGUUUCCCCCAAGUGGGAAUAUCCCCAGCAUUCUGGGCCUGGGGUUUCUUAGGUCCCCCCACCUCCCCAGCAGUUGACUAGACCAGCACAGGGCUCCCCUGUUGUCCUGUCCCCUUCCCCUGCCCCACCUGUAGGGGAUGUGGAAGGCCUCUGCCCCCAACUCACCUGUCCGCCCGCCCCUCCUUCUGGGGACUGUGGCAAUCAUGAGUACUUGACCUGGGAGGCAGCUUAUCUGAGCCUUAAUAGAGAAAAGCGUACCUUGUUUUACUUUCUUAUUUAAUGUAUUUGCGCCCAGGCUGCAACUGGCAGCAGUUUCAGGGGAGGGGGCCUACUGAGUCCUCUGGGGCAAGCUUCAGAUUUGGGAGUGGUUACAAGAUGGGUCCCCAGGCACCCCACACAGCACCUGUCAGCAUCAAAGGGGACUCAAGGGCCAGAGGAAGGUGGAGGGCCAGGAGGCAGCGUCUUGUCAUCCUGGCAGCUGACAAGGAAGAAUGGUCCCCUUCAUCUGGGGGUGCUUUCUGAGUGGGCAGGACCCAAAGGGACCACUAUGGCUCAUGCCCUCCCUGGUGCUCUCAGGCAGCUGCUGACUUGUGCUGUCCCCGAGGAGCUCAGAGGAGCAGGGAUGUUCUUUGGUGAAGGGCUUGCAGGGGCUCCACUCUCCCCUUCUCUGAGCUGUGAGGGGCCCUCUGAGCCCUGGAAGCCCACCAGAUGGAAGAGCCUUGCAGAUGCUCAGGACCCAAGUACUGAUUAGGACCCACUUUUUUUUUUUUAAUUCACUUUGCGCAAAAUUCCAAAACAACCAAAACGUAUGAAUUGUUUGCUGGUUCCAAAAUGAGGGUGGCUGAGCAGGCAGGGCAACACUUGAAGCCAAGUCCCCCUUCUGUCCUUGGAAGGCCUUGAUUUAACGGGCGCGCCUAUCCGGACUCCUUCCCGUCAUCCCCCUAAUUGUGUCAUUUUGCCUUUCCUCCCAGCCGAGCAAGUGUGUCGGCCCCAUGACCCCAGAAACAUGUGCUACCCAGACCCCCUAGGACCUAUCUAUUGUACACACAUAUAAAUACCUGUGUUUUAUGUUGAUAUAGAUAUAUACUGUAAAUAGCAUAUAUACUUGAGCAAUAUAUAUGUUAAUAUAUACUGUGUGAGUGCACGCACGCGUUUAUGCGUGCAGUUCGUGGACACAGCCCCCACUGUGUGUGCGUGUGUGAGGGCUUCUGCCCUGCUGUGUCUGCCGUGCACACAGGCACGUUUUGAGCCACCAUAUAUUUUUAAUUCAAGUAUAUAGGCAAUACAAUUACUCAAUUUGAGAAGCCGGCUGAUUGCCUCAGCCCUGACUUGAAAGAAAAACAAAACCAGCAGCCCAGGAGCUGAGCCCCGAGGCAGGUGUCCAGAGGCCCUACCUGCUCCUCCCCCAGGCUUCCUUGAAAGCUGGAUUCUGCCCCUUCCUGCACCCCAUUUCAGUGGUCAAGGCCCCAGACACCACUGUUUUAUUUGGGGGACGGUGGUACAGAGGACAGAGCAGUUAGGAUUUCUUUCUUUGGAGCAGAACAGCUCCCCACCUAGUGCUCCCAACCUGAAGGCCUGGGCUGACAGGCAGUCCCGCUCGGGCCUUGCUUCCAGGCCCUCUGCCCACUUUGCAUGGCUGUUUCCAUGCUGACCCCCGACCCGUUCAUUUUCAUCUGCAAGCUUAGAAACUUGAGGUUCCUCUCCCAGGUCCCCUGGGCACCAGCCCCAUCUGGCCAAGGAAGGGAUGUAUGCCCUUGUUGUGUCUGGGAGGUGGGACCAGUCUUGGCUGUCCAGCCUUGCUACAUAGCGGGAGCCGCCACUCAGAAAGCUCUGCCUUUACUCUGCUGUGUGGAGAGGCUGGUGUGUCCUCUGGGUUCUGGGCCUGGGAGCAGCACCAUCAGUAUCUGGGUCUCCACAGCGAUUUGGGGAUAAGAAUGAGUGGGCUUCCGGGGGCCAGAUGCUGGGUGCAGGGGUCUCUAGCCCCACCAGAGAGGCUGCCUGAGGCAUGUGCCCUGUCAAGGCUGAGGGUCUCAGCUCUGGCCCGUGGGGCAUGGGACCAGGAAACAGUGGGGUCCCCAUGGAAGGCUGCCAGGAGGCUGUGAGCAGGCGGCCCCAGAGCCACCAUCUGGGCUCCAGGUAUGACUGCCUCUGUGCCACUCCUGGCAAGAAAAGCUCAAACCGUAUAAAUGCUGUCCUCGCCCUUCUCCCCUCUCCUGCCCCAUCCCUGUAGCUAGAGUGGUAAGACCUCAAGGGGCAGUGACAGGCAUCACUCCCGAUUGGCCUCUAGCUCAGCCCUCAGCCUGGGGCUCCCCUGCGUCCCUCAGCCCCGUCCUGACCCAGCAGAGACGGGCAGUGCCAGCUGUUCACCUCCUUCCUCCAUGGGGGUCUCCAAGGCCCCCCACGAGGCACUGCCCACACCACUACCCUCAGCCCAGGGCAUGCAUCUUGGCUGGAGAGGUGUGCAGACCUCCCUCCCCUCCCCGAGAUUCAGGGGGUCAGGGCCCCCAAGCACCAGCAAUCUCCCCUUCCCACCAGCUCCAGGCCAGAGGCCCCUGGUGGGAGGGGAGGGAGCCAGGUGACCCAGAGCUGGUCCCUCAGACAGCAUGGCUUCAGUGGCCAGAGUGGUGUCCAGAAUAUGCAUGGUAUGGUGGGGCUUGUCCCCUCUGAGGUGACAGGAUGCCACGGAGGUCAGGAGAGAAGGCUCUGUGAUGGGAAAGCCAGACGCCCACCCCAAGCCAAGGGUCCCAUUUCCCCCAUAAUCAGGGAUGAACCUGCCCACCCACCACCAACCUCUCCUGGCCAGAUGUCCAGGCAGACCUUUUAUUAGAGUCCCAAAGCUCCCUGGGCCACAUUUCUGAGCCUCUGGAUCCAGACAUGGGGACAAUGAGGGCCCUUCUAGCCCCAGCUAAGAGGGGCUUUACGGGUCUACCAGGGGACAGCAGAGCACUCCAGCCCUGUGACUGAGGAAUUUUUUAUGCCACUUCCUGCAUGAACUCUGGGGAGCAGGAAGAAGAUACUGCCCACUGUGAACCAGGCCUGGGGGGCGGCCAGACACUGCCGUCAGCCACCAAGAGUGGAGUUGAGGAUUGGCUUCAGGGGGAGGAUGAGCGUCCUGGUGGUGGAUUUCCCAGAUACCUGUGCUCUCCGUUCAGAGGCUGCCUGGGAGGGGAGCCAGCCGGGGCGAUGGAGGGUGAACGGCCCAGCAGAGGGCAGGCCUGGAUUGUCUGAGGGGAGAUGAGCCCCCAGUACAGCUGGAGACCUUUUCCUACUUCUGAGCUCCUCCCUGCUUUUUUUGUUUCAUUUCCAAAUUAGAGGCAGUAAAGGCCAAGUUUAAUUGUCUCACACCCUUACCGUGGACAUGGGAGAAAGUGCGGGGUGGGCUGUGGCCUCAGCCUUGAUGUCCACGCUGUCCGAUGAAGCCUGCGCUCAGGAAGGUAAGGGCCAGGGCUGUUGGCUGAGGCAGCCUGCCAUCCCGGGGGCUGACGGCACCAGGAGCAGCCCGGAGCAGGGGUAGGAGCCUGUGGCCUGCACAGCCUGGUGGUGAGAGGAUGUGUGGCUCUUGGCUGUAGGAACAGGAGGCUGUGAGCAGUAGUGCGGGGCCUCCUCUGCCCUGGGUUCAUGACAGUGUUCUGUGCGUGGCCACACGUGUGUUUCUACAUAGGUCAGUGUGAGCACAUGCUGUAUGCAUACCCAUUAGUGUGUGUGCAAGCACAGGUGUGCAGAGCCCGAAUCCAAGCUAAGGGACACUCAGUAUUUUGAGGCCUCAGCAGCCUUCGUAUCAGUAGGCCACGUUACACUUGACUCUUGAAAUUCAGUGGAGAGGGGCAGAAUCGUCCCAGCAGGAAGGGCCCUGCUCUGCUCGGGGGAGGCCUGGCAGUCCGCGCAGCCAGCCCAAAGGGGCUAGACCUGCCGAGUCGACUCAGAAGCACCCAGUCCUGAAGACAGUAUUCCCAAGGAGAGGUUACUACUGUCCACUGCCUCAGUUUACUUAUUCAGAAAAUGGUCCAGAAGGAACUGAGCAGGAUUCACUCCAAAAUUCGGGGGAUGGGGGCUUAACAACAAACAAGAUCCCAAGCCCUCCUCUUGCUCUACGCCAAAAUCAUUUCUGUUAUUGUGAGACGGGGUUGAGUGGAUGUUGGCUACUCAGUGGGGCUCUAAGGGAUCCCCAUCCUGGGCAAGGACUUGUCUUGGGGGGUCUGGCCCUCACCGGGCAUGCCUCGAGUCACCCGCAGGAGCAGUGGUACUUACACCUGUCCCUAGGUCCGGGUGAGGGGACGGCUGGGCAGCCCCACACGCCAGGGCUCUCACGCUUACUUUCUUUAUUGAAGAAACAAAAAAAAACCCUCGAGACUCAUGUACUGUAUGAUGGAAGAAAAAAGUACCUAAUGUUCCCCCAAAAAAGACAGUAUAUUUUGUACUUUGUAAAGUGUUAAUUAAAAUGGAGGAAAAAAAAUGA